AGCUCGAGCUGAUUCAGAGUGAUAGAAAGAGAGAAGCGAGAGAGUAGAGAGACUGGCGGUUACGAUUGUAAUCCAAGCUCAAGAUUGAGCUGAGUAGUGGAUUGCUGAUCUGAGAUCAGCCCCAGGAGAUAUAGCGGCUCUCUCACAUUGAGAAAGUGCGGUGAACCUGGGUAACAAACUCUUGUGCAGUUUCUUGUUGAGUUACUCUAGACGAUCGAACAAGAAUCGAGUAGAUCUCGGUGAUAGAAGCUAUAAGCUUUCACAAAUUGGUAUCAGAGCUUGUGUUAAGCUUCGAGGAGAUCGCGAUUGAAGAUUCGAGGUGUUCGAGAAGGUGAUUCAUGUCGCUACCGAUGACUGGAUCCAAGAUCGAGAUCGAACGGUUCGAUGGAGAUGGUGACUUCUCCCUGUGGAAGAGAAGGAUGUAUGCGUUUCUCAGCGUAUCUGGAUUGAAGGACGCUCUGGAAGCAAAAACCUCAAGCUCAGAGGUUAAAGAUGAAGCUUCAGACGAUGAUGAUCUUGAUGCGAAGAAAGAGAAGCAAGCGGUUUUGGAUGCAAGAUCGGAGCGUUGCGAGAAAGCAAUGAAUCUGAUAUUCUUGAACGUAGGUGAUCAUGUUCUGAGGAAGAUCGAGAGAUGUACAACAGCUGCAGAUACAUGGUUACUUCUGGAAACUCUGUAUCAGCCAAAGUCUUUACCUAACAGAGUUCAUGCACAGCUCCAACUCUAUGGAUUCAAGAUGCAAGACGGAAAAACAAUCGAUGAGAAUGUAGAUGAUUUCCUCAAGAUAGUAGGAGAACUUAGUCAUCUGAGUAUUGAGGUUCCAGAGGAAGUACAAGCAGUGUUGCUGCUUAGUUCUUUGCCGUCAAAGUAUGAUCAGCUAAAGGAAACCUUGAAGUACAGCAGAGAUGUGAUAAAAGUGGAAGAUGUUACUAGCUCUGCUAAGUCGAAGGAGAAGGAACUCAAGGAAACUUCAGGGUCUCGGACAAGUUCAGAAGGUCACUUUGUAAGAGGAAGAUCAGAGAAUAGAACUUGGUCAUCAGGCAAAGGAAAGAAUUACGGAAGAUCUAGAUCAAAGUCUGCAGAAGGAAAGAAGAUUUGCUGGAUCUGUGGCAAAGAAGGUCACUUCAAGAAACAGUGCUACAAGUGGCUUGAGAGGAACAAAGGAAAGUCUCAAUCGAGAAACCAACCUGAGUCAUCAUUGGCCAGAGAUGAUGCUCAAGAUUUGGUGGGCUUAAUAGCAAGCGAGGUAAACUUGUCUCAGGAUCAGAACGACCUUGAAGAAUGGGUACUUGAUACCGGAUGUUCGUUUCACAUGACGGCGAGGAAGGAAGUGUUCAUCAAUCUGCAGGAGAAAGCAUCGGGAAAGGUCAGAAUGGCUAACAACAGUCAUACUGAAGUUAAAGGCAUUGGCUCUGUGCGUUUCAGGAAUCAGGACGGCACUACCUUUGUACUGCACGAGGUCAGAUUCAUGCCAGGAAUCGCACGAAAUCUCAUCUCUUUGGGCAAUCUUGAACAAAAAGGAUGUGAAUUCAGAGGAUCUGGAGGAGUUGUGAAGAUUGUUAAAGGGUGUGUAGUGAUUAUGAAAGGAGAACGUAAAGGAAAUGAUACGUUGUAUAUUCUAAAAGGCAGUGCAGUAAAGGUAGAAGCUUGUACGGCUGCGGCGUCAAGUCAAAUAUCGGAUGAGGAGGCAAAGAUGGCUACAACAAGACUCUGGCAUAGCAGACUUGGUCAUGUAGGCCAGAAAGGGUUAGAAGUGCUGGCCAAGGAAGGUUGCAUUGACAAGUCAAGCAUCACGAAUCUUGACUUUUGCGAAGACUGUGUAAUUGGAAAGGCUCAUAAAGUGAGUUUUGGCAAAGCAAAGCACGUUACCAAAGAGAAACUAGACUAUGUUCACUCUGAUCUGUGGGGUUCACCAAACGUACCAGAAAGUCUCAGCAGCUGUCAUUACUUCAUAUCAUUUAUCGACGAUUGGUCAAGAAAAGUUUGGAUAUACUUUCUCAAGACAAAAGACGAGGCUUUUGAGAAGUUUGUGGAGUGGAAGAAGAUGGUCGAAAUACAGUCUGAGAGAAAAGUGAAGAAGUUAAGAACAGAUAACGGUCUCGAGUAUUGCAACUUGAGAUUCGACAAGUUCUGUAAAGAAGAAGGAGUAGUAAGACACAGAACGUGUACUUAUACCCCUCAGCAAAACGGAGUUGCUGAGAGACUGAAUCGAAGCAUAAUGAACAAGGUCCGCAGUAUAUUGAGUGAGAGCGGCUUGGAACUCAAAUUUUGGGCUGAAGCGGCAUCUACUUCAGUAUAUGUCAUUAACCGGCUUCCAUCAUCAGCUAUAGAUUUUGAGAUUCCUGAACAGAGAUGGACUACAGCGUUACCAGAGUUGUCAGGCUUAAGGAGAUUUGGGUGCGUGGUGUAUGUGCACACAGACGAAGGGAAACUGAACCCAAGAUCGAAGAAAGGAGUGUUCACUGGUUAUCCUGAGGGAGUAAAGGGGUUUAGAGUUUGGUUGCUGGAUGAUGAACGGUGUGUCAUCAGCAGGAACGUCAUAUUUCGAGAAGACUUGAUGUACAAAGACAUCAACAAGAUUGAAUCUUCAGGUACCUCUAUCCUUGUUCCAUAUGAUUUAACUAAUAAAAGUUCGAGUCUUGAUCUUGCAGGUGAUCAAGAAGAACAGGUUAAUACUCAAGAAGGUGUUUCAAGUUCAACUGGUGCUGGUGAAACUACGGUUCAGACUGAAGCAAUUGAGACAUCUAAAAAUCAACAAGAUGUGAGCAGCUAUCAGUUGGUUAGAGACAGGGAGAAGAGGCAGAUACGUCAACCUUCAAAGUUUAAAGACUACCAGACGUAUGAAGGAGAUGAAGUGAUUGCUGGCUUCGCAUAUUUGAUAAUGGAGGAUGCUGGAAGACGUGAGCCCAGCAAUCAUCAGGAAGUGUUAGAAGACCCUGACAGUGAGUUGUGGAUAGGAGCAGAACAAGAAGAGAUGACUUCCCUGAAGAAAAAUGCAACAUGGAUUCUAGUUGACAGAGUUAAAGGUCAGAAGCCGAUAGGUUGCAAGUGGGUCUACAAACGAAAGGCAGGCAUUGCAGGCGUUGAGGAUCCUAGGUUCAAAGCUCGUUUGGUGGCGAAGGGAUAUGCACAGAUAGAAGGAGUAGAUUUUCAAGAGAUAUUCUCACCUGUGGCUAAGCAUGUGUCAAUCAGGUUCUUGUUGUCCAUGGUGGUUCAUUUUGAUAUGGAACUUCAACAAAUGGACGUAAAGACUGCGUUUCUACACGGCUAUCUUGACGAAGACAUCUAUAUGGAUCAGCCUGAAGGGUAUGAGGAUAAGGAUUAUCCGGAGAAGGUGUGUCUUCUAAAGCGGUCUCUUUACGGUUUGAGACAAUCUCCUCGUCAGUGGAAUACGAGGUUUGACGAGUUCAUUGUGUCACAAGGUUUUGUGAGGAGUGAGUAUGACAUCUGCGUAUACUAUAAAGAAUAUGAGGAGGACAGUUAUGUUUAUCUGUUGUUAUAUGUGGACGACAUUCUUUUGGCGUCUAAAAGUAAGGUUCAAGUGACUGAGCUGAAGAAGUUACUCAGCUCGGAGUUUGAGAUGAAGGAUCUCGGGGAUGCUAAGAAGAUAUUAGGCAUGGAGAUUAUGCGUGAUCGAGAGAGAGGUACUUUAACAGUAUCUCAGGAGGACUACGCUUGGAAGGUGUUGGGGAAUUUCAGCAUGGAGAAAUCAAAAAGUGUGUCAACACCACUAGGGGCACACUUUCGCUUAAGCUCAGCGACUGAAAAGGAAUUAAAAGAUCAGGAGCUUUAUAUGAGAGACGUCCCUUAUCAGAGUGCUGUGGGGUCAUUAAUGUACUCAAUGGUGGGAACAAGACCUGAUCUGGCUUAUGCUAUUGGGAUGGUUUGUAGAUUCAUGAACGGUCCCAUAAAGAUUCAUUGGCAGGCAGUUAAAUGGAUUCUAAGGUAUCUGAGAGGAUCUACUAAAGUGAAGCUAGCAUACACAAACGAAGGAAAGUUUGUGGUCAAGGGCUACUGUGAUGCGGACUAUGGAGCAGACUUGGAUAAGCGUAGAUCUGUUACUGGGAUGGUGUUUACAGUUGGUGGAAAUGUUGUGAGUUGGAGAUCAAGUCUUCAAAAGUCUAUUGCAUUGUCAACUACAGAAGCAGAAUGGAUAGCGUUAGGAGAAGCUUCAAGAGAAGCCAUGUGGCUAAGAGGACUCAUCAAUGAGUUGGGAUUUGAACAAGACUUGGUGGAAGUCUUUUGUGAUUCUCAAAGUGCAAUCGCGCUUUCUAGGAACCCAGUUCAUCAUGAGAAAACCAAACACGUAGAUGUGAAGUACAACUUUGUUCGGGAGCUUGUUAGUGAGAAGAUCAUCGACGUUGUGAAGAUAGCAACACAGUAUAACCCUGCUGAUAUCUUCACCAAAGUGCUACCAGUCGGGAAGAUGCGGGAAGCUCUGAGGUUUCUCAGAAUCACAGAAACCUAAGAAGUAUUGGUUUAAGUUAUACAGCCUGGUGGGUUUAUCAGGGAGAUAAGAGGUUGAGCGAGUUUGCUCAGGAAGAGUUAACAAGAAGAGUUAACAGAAGAAGAAGAGAUCUGAAGUUUCUUGGUUUCAGGAGGAGUUGAUUUCAAGAAUCAACAAGUGAAGUCAGUGCAUACAUGAUACCUGGACAAGGAGGAGAUUUGAAGAUAUUUGUCCAUGUAUUUGUAUGUAUAUAAGUGUCUAACCGUCAGUCUCUCAUUUAGGUUAGCUUAACCGGUUUUGGUUAGCUAAGAGUCACGUGUAUUAUCACGUGAGUUGAGAGUUGUAUAGCGACGUUAUAUAAGUCGUUCUAUCUCAACUCUAGCUCGAGCUGAUUCAGAGUGAUAGAAAGAGAGAAGCGAGAGAGUAGAGAGACUGGCGGUUACGAUUGUAAUCCAAGCUCAAGAUUGAGCUGAGUAGUGGAUUGCUGAUCUGAGAUCAGCCCCAGGAGAUAUAGCGGCUCUCUCACAUUGAGAAAGUGCGGUGAACCUGGGUAACAAACUCUUGUGCAGUUUCUUGUUGAGUUACUCUAGACGAUCGAACAAGAAUCGAGUAGAUCUCGGUGAUAGAAGCUAUAAGCUUUCACAAUGACACUUUCAAGAUUUGAUAAUUUAUGUUAUCCCCAAGUCUCAGUAUUGUAGAUGACGUUAUUUUUUUAUUAGAUUUUUUUGGGUGGAUAGUUGAUCAAUGAUCCCACUCUUUCUUGAAAUAGUUUUUAGUGGAGGCAUUUGCCUCCACUCCAUUAAGUGGACCUGUGCAGCCCAAAAAGGGUAUCUGAUGUUGCUGCUUAAUUAGCAUGACUCAUUCAUAUUCGUAAGAGGAAAAGAUUCGUUUGCCCAUUUGUAUCCGUACCAACACGUUUCUUUCCGAGUCCACAUUGCAUAUAUCUCUAUCAGAUCUGAUUCUUUUUCGUUUUAAUCUUUUUAUCUCUUAAUCUUUGUUUCAUUGUCAAACAAAGUUUCUUUGGGUGCUUCUUUGUUUAUCCACGCCUUUCCUUUUGCAUUAGGGAUUACUAUCGAAAAGGUUUUGAUCUGAAGGAAGAAAACUCUCGGACCAGGAAAAGAACAGGGCGACUUUCUCGUUCUUGAUCAUUUCGUCCGUCUUAAGAAAUUGACUUCUGAUGCAAAAUCCUCCCCCCAU